AUGUUGCUGGAGGAGAAUUGUGACAGCAGCUUCAGGCACCGCGAUGGUGGCUGCACACCAGCGAGCCAGCGUCAGUCCGGGUUCGAGGGGCUGCGCGAUGACGACGUAGCAUCCCACAGGGCAGCAGCGGCUGCCAAGAGGCAGCUGCAGCAACAACGCAGCAGCAGCGCCAGAGACUACGGACAGCAGCGGUGCGAGUGGGAGCCCUUCGUGGGCAGUUCCCGGACUCGAAAGACGAAAAAAAAAAAAAAAAAGAAAUCGAACCACCCCCCUCAAAACACGUCUAAACUGCCCCCUCUAUCUCAUGAAUCUCUCCCCAAAUCUCUCCAACCUCUUAAUCAAACCUUCCACUCCUCUAUAACAGUUGCUACACCAUACCAUUCGUUCCUCCCAUCUCUGCAGCAACACAAGAUUUCUCCUCAAAUUCCUAUUCAAGGUAAUCUUGCAAACUCCAUCCCUGUACACGUUUUGCUUCUAAAUCUACUCGUCGAACUCAUGAAAUUUUUGAAUAGGACCGAACAGAGAAUCAAGAACCAUCCUUUUCAAAGCAUUGCAAAUUCUGAAAACUCAUCCACGAAGAAACGAGGGAAAGGAAGAGAGAAGCCACAACCUCUAUCAUUUACAGCUUACCCGUCACAAAUUGUUGAAGGUUGAGCGGCGACGAGGAUGUGGUGGUGUUGAGCAAGUGAAUUUAAUAUAUUAUUGAUGUCUUUGAACCUUGAGUGUCGUUGUGUCUUCACACAUGACGUCACUCUUUCUCUUGGUCGUUUCCGCCGUGACGUGUCUUAAAUUAUGGUUUAUUUGGGUCGACAACUUUAAUUGUUAGGGUAGUGGAUAUUCUGAAUGUCUUGUUGGAUAAUAUUAAACUCUUGGUUAUUUACUUGGAUAUUAAUUGUUGGUCCAACUUGUGUUGAAACCCUAAUUCUUCUUGUCUUCUAUUUAAUUCUUUUAAUCACGAUCGCCCGUAUUUAUUAACCCUAAAGGGCGGUCGUGACAUUGAUGGCGUCAUUUAUCAGGUUUUUAUCAAUAGCCAGAUUGAUGAUGAAUACGAAUUCCUUUCUCCGAUCCUCUCGGCAUUCCAAGAAACACACGGCUUCGCGAUGAUUAACUGACGGGUACUUUUGAUGUACAUUUGGUUGUCUAAAUCCAUAUCGCUCAGCAGUGAAUAAGCAUGCCGUAAAAUGUCCUCUUUGGGCAUACCUAAGGUCACUGAUUUACUUAGGGGUUGUCCAGCCACAGCCCUGGAAGAAUUCCUGCGAUGUUCUGUUCAUUUUUUGCAGAAAAACCACUUAUCCCAAUGCUCUUCCAGUUGAAUUGCCCUCAUGCACUUGCACAUUUUAUUUUUGUUUUUGAGCUUGUAGAUCUUUUGGCAUACUUGCAAUGUUGUGAUAUAUCAAUUGUUGAAUGAAGUAUUCCCUAA